GAGGGGGGUCGGUGCAGAGUCAGCUGGGGAGGAGGAGGAGGGGGCGGGAGGAAGAGCGCGAGCCGGAGCCGGAGCAGGAACCGCGAGCGAGCCGGCCCCGGGAGCCCCUGCACCGCGCCCCCGCCGCCGCCAUGGGCAACAUCUUCGGGAACCUGCUGAAAAGCCUGAUUGGCAAGAAGGAGAUGCGCAUCCUGAUGGUGGGGCUGGACGCGGCCGGGAAGACCACCAUCCUCUACAAGCUGAAACUGGGCGAGAUCGUCACCACCAUCCCCACCAUCGGGUUCAACGUGGAGACUGUCGAGUACAAGAACAUCAGCUUCACCGUGUGGGAUGUGGGCGGCCAGGACAAGAUCCGGCCCCUGUGGCGGCACUACUUCCAGAACACCCAGGGGCUGAUCUUCGUGGUGGACAGCAAUGACCGGGAGCGGGUGAACGAGGCGCGCGAGGAGCUGAUGCGGAUGCUGGCCGAGGACGAGCUGCGGGACGCCGUGCUCCUCGUCUUCGCCAACAAGCAGGACCUGCCCAACGCCAUGAACGCGGCGGAGAUCACGGACAAGCUGGGCCUGCAUUCCCUGCGUCACCGCAACUGGUACAUCCAGGCCACGUGCGCCACCAGCGGCGAUGGGCUCUACGAAGGCCUGGACUGGCUGGCCAACCAGCUGAAGAACAAGAAGUGAGCGAGAGUCGCCCGCCCCCCGCACCGCGAGGGGCCGGGCGGAGCCGCCCUUCUGCCCACCCCCUCUCAGGCUGGCAGGACCCGUCGGUUCUCCCCCCUCCCCCUCUCGUUGGGUUUUGCUUUCUUUCCGGCACCGGUUGCUGUGGGUUUGAUUUGGGGUCUCGGUUCUGGUCCCCCCCUCCCCCGGGGUUUGCACGGAUCUCGGUGUGUGUGCGCGUGUGAUGAAUAUAUCGAUAUAUAAAUAUUUAUGGGGGGCGGGGGGCAUCUGCUUCCGUGCUGGGGCAGCCCCUGUCGCCAGGGCGGGGGGCACUGACUGCCCCACGUGUAGCAGUGGCCUUUCUUUUGUGUUGUUUUUAUGUUGUUCUUGGUGCCCUGUGACGUGACACGGAGGUAAAUUCCUCAAGGCAGCUUUAAGCUUCUGUGUAGGGGGGGCUACUGGUCUGUGCUGGGGGGGAGGGGACACUGCAGGGGGAGGGGGCAGCUGGGGGAGUCGUUUCUGGGUCUCAUCCCGUUCCAUCUUUCAUCUGGGUGGUGGUGGUGGGGGGGAGUUGGUAUCACUUGCUAGGGCAGCGCCCCCUGCUGGCAACGUGGCCCUUUCCCAGUCCCCCCCUGCACCACACUGUACAGGCACAAGGGGGGGCUGGCAGAGCUGGUGGGGGACCGGCCAGUGCAGUCUCUGUGCAAGGGAGGUGAACGUUGCCGAGGGGGGCCGCAGGGGGGCUGUGGAUUCAGUGGCAGAAUUGGGACCAUGGUGGAAAUUGCCCCUCCAGCCUCGCGCCGCCCCCCCCCCCCCCAGGUUUCAGACGCUGCCAGACCCAGCGUUCCCGUGCGCUUCCCUGUGUCUCCACUGGGGCGGCACCCACAGCUGCUAAAUAACUCCCCCGAGGUCGCCCCAGAGCAAGGGCCACAGGUUCACCCCCACACACACCAAAUCAUGUCACUUCAAGAGGGAGGAUUCCACCCCCUGCAGCAGCCCCCCCAUGUUCCCCAGCGCCCGCCUCCUCGGCAGCCGUGGGGGGCACUCCCGUUAUCACGACCACCUGCGGUGGGGACACCCUGAGAGGCGCCUGUUGGGCUGAGCAGGGAUUUUGGGGAGAUGCAUCAGGGACCCCCACUGCCCCCCGGACUUGCCCACAGCAGAGGGAUGGUAGCCCGGGGAUCCUGUCCCCCGGGGCCGGUGGUGGGAGCGCGUUAGCUCAGGUUGGGCUGGGUAAUUAGCGGCUGUUUCUCAGUGGGCUGGUUAGCAAGGAGUGUAUUAAUUUUUCCUUUGUACCCGCCCCCCCCAGCAGUCAUGCAUGUGACCCCCCCCAUCCCUCUCCCCCAAGAUGGAGGGAAAUUGGGCCUCACCCACUCCCCCGGCUUGGGGAGCCACCUAACCAGCCAACAGGGGCCAGCGAUUCACAAGUGAACCCCCCCUGCCCCCCCCCCCCGUGUGCAGCACAGUGAUUGUAACGAGAACACACGCACCCCCCGGGCGGGCGGACGGACUGUCAGCUCCUCCCCAGCACAUGUAUUUAUACCCCCGGUCUCUGCUUGGUGUGACAUGUUGCCCGUGGUUCUGCCCUGGGACGUGGCCCGUGUGUAUAGCACCACCUGCCUCUCUCCCCCCCCCCCCCCGGCUCUCGGGGUGUUGGAUACAUGAGGACCCCUGUACCCCCAUUGAAUAUUAAACAUGUUUUAUGUA